AUAUAAAAGAUCUAGAUUAAUAAUAAUUAAUACUAGUCUAGCAUCUAGAUGAUAGAUCUAGAUAUCUAUCUUAUAUAUUAUACUUAUAGAUCUAGACUAGACACUUUCCGCACACUUUCAUGUGUAAAGUUUUUCGAAAAUGCUGAAAAUUACUUGAAUUUACUUUUAGAGUCUAAAUGAUUAUGAUUAGAUCUAUUAUCUAUAUGAUCUAGUAUAUCUACAGUCUGCAGUACACCUACAAUAAUACAAAAACUCUAGAUUAGACUGUGACUGUCACAGUCACAGCAAAAGUAAAUGCAAAAGUGUAUUUGUUUAAACUAGAUAAAUUGACUGCUUAAUAUUAUAUAAAUAUGGUUAAAGCAUUUCUAAAAGGUGCUGAUGGAUCAUUAUUUCCUUUGUUGCACAAAGUAACAACAGUUGGAAGGGAGAACUGUGAUUUAACAAUUCAGCUACCUGGUGUGGAUUAUCAACACUGUGUCUUGGAGUACAAUGAACUUGAUGACUGCUUCAUAAUUCAAGAUCUGAACACUGCCCAAGGAACGUAUGUAAAUGAUGUGCGGAUACAGAAUGCAGCUGUUAGAUUAGCUCCUGGCGAUCAUGUGAGGUUCAGUUAUAAUGGGCAACCAUUUGAGCUACAACUAGACAGUCAACCACAGCUCAACAUUCCACCUGUUUCUCAGAGACCACCAUCAUGGAACCCUCCCCUAACAAUGAUCAACUCAGAUGAUGUCUAUAAUGUUCACACAUCACAGUACAGCUCACUGCAAACAUUUCCCCAGAUUUCCUAUGCCAACACACCACCCCAACCUACUUCCACAUGGGCUCACCCCAGUAUGUACCAGCCCCCACCGCCCAUGCCUCGCCCACCACUUAGAUCAAGGCCCCUGAGUGCUGGUGCUGCCAGAAGGAAUUUACAGAAUGUUCCAGCAGUGGGACCAACAGUUGGACCUUCAGUGCCUAGGACAUCUACAACUGGUGGUUGGGUCACUCAGCCAAUCACAAGAGCUGGAUCUACUCCUGAUCUCCAAGAGAAGGAUCAAAGAAUUCUACAACUUUCAGAUGAAAUUAGUAGAUUAAAGACUUUUGAAUUUGAUUCAUUUCGUAAAGAUACACUGCUUCAACAAUAUCAACAACAAAUAGCAGAACUUCAGAACAAGCUUAGGCAAGAACCUUCAAUUAUCAUGGGUGGUGACUCUGAUUUGUCUUCAAAGCUUCUACACCUUGAAACUGAAGUUAGUGCUAAAAAAGGAGAGAUAAGUGCACUUAGAGAACAGCUCAGCAAAUUACAAGAUGACAGAUCUAACAGCCCACAACUUUUGCGUCAAGAGCUUGGAGAAAGGAUUAAAGAGAUUUCUUCCCUUAGGGGAGAACUUGAACGUGUAAAGAAAGAUAAAAAUAUUACUUCUGGAUUGGUCACACAGAUGCAACGAGAUAUGUCCAAUAAGGAUGCCAGUAUCAGUCGAAUGGCUAGAGAGAUCGAGGUGCUCAAGAAAGACAUUAGAGAACGAGAAAGUAGGGAGUCUCAAACUGUUGUUAAGGAAGUCAGAGAAGUUCCUCCAUAUCUUAAACUAAAUGUAGUGAAAGAAAAAGACCAAGAAUCUUCCAAAGCUGUAGAGGAACACAGUGCUAGAGAAAGAGAACUUAUCUCACUAAGACAGAAAUUUAAAGCUACAGAAAGUAAGAUACAAGAACAAGCAGACUUGAUAACAGGUCUGAGAGAAGAGUUAGAGAAGACCAAGGCUCAAGUGUUGCAAGAGAAAGAGAACCACAAAAAGAUACUAACUGAUUUGGAAACCAGCAGGACCCAGAUUAUAGAUGUACAGAGAACUGAACGAGUGGUGAGAGUUGAUCUGGAGCAGGCUCAGAAAAGGUUUGAAAGGUUUAGAUCUAAAGUGUUCCAAGUGACAUUCUCCACUCCUGGAGUUCAGGCCCCUGAAACUGAGAUUACAGAUGAUGAGCUAAUUGAAGCACUGAAGAAGUUUGUUGGAGAGCAGAACACAUUGCACUCUCAAAUCAAGGAGUUAGAAGCCAGUGUAGCCAGUGCUAACUCUGGCAAGGAAGAGCUCCUAAACCAAGCAGAGAAACUGAAAGAAGUCUUAAUGGAAAGUUCAAAAAGACUUACUGGUAAUGGACGACUUGUAUCAUCUCUUAAGCAAGAAAUGUCAAUCAUUCAGUCAGUCAGCACUGAACAGAAUUUGACUUGGAUCCGUGACUUACUCCAUGAGAUGAUCAGCUCUGAGCUGGACUGGGAGACCAGGAUUGAGCAAGCUUUAGAACAUUGUGGUGUCAAUGUCAAAAUAUCUAACGAAGAACCUGGAAAGCACAUUGAGUCACUGAUGGCCAAGUGGGAGUCAUCACUAAAAGAGUCAGACAGUCUGAAGGCUCAGAUUUCUGCCCAUCAAGAGUCACACAAAGCUGAGCUUGAGCUAAGGUUGUCUGCUCUUACCAGUGACAUGGAGGCUAGAUUGCAGGAUGCUGUAGAGAAAACUAGACUUGAGGGUGAAACCAAGCUAAAUCUAGCUAUUGAUGAAAUCAGGGCUGUGGAAACUGCAAAGAGAGAAAGCUCUGUGGAAGCUGAGAGAAGAAAAAUUGAUGAACUGCAGGAGGCUUUGGAGCAGUUAAGAGCAGCACUUGCUGAACGUCAGUCAGAAGACCAGGCUAAGUUAACUGAGGCUUGUGUUGCACUACAAGAGCUAGAGUUUUUGAGAAACUCUGAGCAGUCAUUAAAAGAAGAAAUCACCAAAUUAGAAAAACUUAGAGUGGAGGAGUCUGAAAAAUUCAACACUGAAAAAGCUGGUCUGGAAGCAAAAUUUGAAACAGACUUAUCCUCCUACAGAGAGCAAAUAAAACAACAUUCGGUGACCAUUGUGACAAUGGAGGAAAGAUUAGAGAAAAUGAUGAAGAAAAAUAAAGACUAUGUUGAUGAAAUAAGCAAGCUGAAAUCAGAAAAGUCAUCCAAACCAACAUUACUACCAAAGCCAAAAGUAAUUAUCCAAAGGCCAGUUGAAGAGUUAGCAGCUCUUGAACUUGUUAUUAAUGCUUUAAGACAGGAGAAUACUGUAUUAAAGAAAGAAAUAAAAGAUUCCCAAGAUUGUAUCAAAGGUCUUCGGAAAGAUCUUUCUGGUGCCUCUGCCAGGCUGUCAGACAUCUCUGGAGAGAUGAGUGAGUCCCAAAAACAGGAAAUGGAAAGGAACCGGGAACUCUUGAAGCAAAAAUCGAAUGAGCUGACAGAACUCAGGCAACAAAUGGUGAAGUUGACACAAAUCAUUGACACUCAGAAAGAGGAAGUGAAGAAACUUCAAGCAGAAUUGAAGAAAGAACAAAGCUUGUGCCACAAAUAUAAAGUCAGUAUUGAAGAGCACAGUGUGAGAAGUAAGUCACUUGAAGAAGAACUGAGGAGAGAGAAGGAGGAACAGAAGAAACAAUUAGAUCUCAUUGAUCAAGAGGGACGUAUAACAACUGAACUGACCAGCCUAGGGGCUCAAUGCAGGGGUGAGAGACAUGAGCAAAUCAUAAAUAGACAAAGAGAUGCUUUAGCUGAGCUGAGAUCAAAGGUCAAGUUAUUGGAACAGUCAAAACCAACAUUACCCACACAAGACCAGGCACUUCAUCAAGUUCUUAUGUUGAAAAAGGAACUAGCAGAGAUGAGAGUCAAUCAAGCUUAUGCAGAGGAUAAAAUUAUCCAGAGCUCCACCUCAUUAGACAGGGAGAUAGGAAAAGCUCGAGGAAUGAUUGGGCCUGGCAACUUUGAGGCUGAAAUGGAGAAGAGUGCCCAUAAAGAGACUCUAGAUGCUCUGGACUGUAGUGAAGCAACGUUUAUGACUUUAUUGAGGUCUAUGGCCAGUUCUUUGGAUGUGGAUGAAUUAGAAGGUAUGCGACCUAUGGCCCAUGCACCUAGGGAUGAGAGAGAGUUCCUUAUGGCAGCCAGAGAGAGAACAGCACAGCUUCUAGCCAACAGAAUUUUGAUGUUGAAGGAGCGAAUAGCCAGGAAGGAUGAACUUUUGAAGGGAUACGAAUUAGAUUUGGCCAAACUUAGGCAAUCACAAGAAUUAACCGAGAGACAGUCCAAGCAAGUUGAAAGCUUAGCGAAUGACAUUAGAAGCAGAAGUGAAGAAUCUGAAUAUUUACGUGAAUCUCUAAGCAGGACAAGAGAUAGAUUGAAUCAAGAGAAAAGGUUAAACUCUGCCAUUAAACAAAGAAAGACAUUCCAUUUAGAGAAUGAGAGAGCACAUCUUCAAAACCAUACCAGAGGUCACCAUUGUCCCAUUCAAGAUCCUAAGAGUGUAGUAAAAGCAAGACAACAGAAAGAUUUGAUGAAACGUAAAAACUAUGAGAUAAGAGUGUUGAAGGAGAAUUUAUGUGAAACAGAAAAAGAAUUGUUUGAAAGAGAAAAGAAAAUUUUAUCCAUGGCUGUUGAAUAAUGAGAUAAGCUUCAUAAUGACAUGUCUGAUACCACAUCAAGAUAUCAAAUAUUCUUUAUGUUUUGCUAGCUAUAUAAAACUUAGAACAUUUUAUGUGUUUUUAAUGACAUUCAAUGUAGUAGCUAGUUACAUUUCAAAAUUAUUUUUUGUAUAUGAACUAUAAAGAUUUUUUUGUAAACAUAUGACAUGUUAUGAUUAUUAUGUAUCCAUGAUACAUCAGUUAUUUAGUAAACAGAAUGAUAUUUUCACACUUGCCAAAGUAUUUCCAAUGUUAUCAGACCAUAUGUUGCAGAAUUCUAUUUCAAAUGAGAUGCUCUAUAAAAGAGUUAUCUGGGUUGAUCACUUCAGCUCUUCACAAUUUCAAUAAUAAGAUUUAGUGUUUCUGUUAAAAAAAAUGGACUUAUUACUACCACUACAUUCCAUUAAGUCUCUUUAAAAGAUAAAACUAUAGGAGCAAAAUAACAUUGAUAAUAAGUGCAAACUAAGCUACAAAUAGGUUUAAAAAUUUUUUAGUUAAAGGAUUUUGGCAUUAGUGAAAAGGAUUAAUUUAUUGUGUGUUUGAGCAAAUAUUUGUGUUUGGGUAUGAAAGUAGAGUAGUACAUGUUUUGUUAAUGCUUGAUAUGAAAGUACACUUGUACAUGUUUUGUUA